AACUAUAUGAGGCGUCGGCAAGCCUUAGAGCUCCUUGUAUAAAUUGACAUAGUGGGUUUUCUGAACCCUCCAGCAAAUGAGAAGCUAGCAGCUUCAAUAUCAAUUCCCUCUGUCUGCUUUCUAAAAGCGGAUGGCGUCCAUCACGGGAGCUCCUCCGCUUAUAAGAAGCCUCUUGUUAGGCCUCUGCACGUUCUUGUUGGCAUUCAACUUCUCCAGUGCGACCCCACAGACUGAAAGAAUCGUUGCCGUGGUCGGCAACGGUGAAUGCUUAGAUUGUGCACAGAAAAGUAUCAAGAAUGAGGAAGCAUUCAAAGGGCUUCAUGUAGCCAUCCAAUGCAAAACUGGCAAUGGGUUCUACGAGACCAAAGGUGUAGGUUUGCUCGACAAGAGUGGAAGCUUCGACGUACCACUACCUAGUAGUAUCCUCGGCGAUGAUGGGGAGCUGAAGGAUGAGUGCUUUGCGCAGCUCCGCAGUGCCUCAGAAGCUCCUUGUCCUGACAAUAAUGGAGUGGACCAAUCCAAGAUCGUGCUGAAGUCUAAAGAGAGUGGAAAGCACACAUUUGUUGUGGCAACGGGGAAACUGCCAUUCUCAUCGACAUGCACUUCGGCGUUCUACUUCAAGCACCAUCCCAAGGAUUUCAAGCACAAAUUCCACUUCCAUCACCACGACUUUCCCCCUAAGCACUACUUCCCACCUAAGAAGCCAGUUCCUCGUCCAGCACCACUGUCCAAGCCACCAAUUGUCAAGAAGCCACGCCUGCCGGUGCCCAUCUACAAGAAGCCACAUCCUCCAAUAACAAAGCUACCGUCCUUGUACUAUCCUCACCCCAAGCUCAAGCUUCCUCCUAUCCACAAGAAACCACUUCCUCCAAUCCACAAGAUUCCUCCCUUAUACCAUCCACACCCCAAGUUCAAGUUCCCUCCACUCCACAAGAAACCCCUUCCUCCACUCCACAAGCCUCCUCUCUUGUAUCAUCCUCACCCCAAGUUCCAGUUCCCUCCCAAGCCAAAAUUCUACAAGAAAAAGCCUCCAAUCGUUCCCCCGGUACCGUGAACUUAAUUGGAAGCUAGUGGUGGCAUCGGUUCUUUAUCCUCUAUGGUUGGUUAGUUACCCUUCCUUUUCUGGGGGAUUUCCCUCAUCAGUUAGUGGUGUAAUAAAGCUCGUCCUUAAGAUUCUUUCGAGUCAUGGGCGAGGGUGAUGUCACCCAUUUGUAUUGGAUGAAUAUUUAUGAUUUUCUGAAUAUUUGUUAUUUUCGUGCGCUUGUAUGAUUAGCAAUGGCAAUAAUUCAAGGACUUUUUGCUUUUCGCUUGUAAUCAUAAAAUUGGUCCUCUACUUUUUAUAAAUGAUCACCUGAA